AAUAUCAGAUGAUCCCCGGUGAAGAUAACGGGCCAGCCCUGACGCGGUUCCGUGCUGAGUGCUUUCCUGCAUUUGGGUGUAAUAAGUGAACAUAAAGUGUGCAGUAGAAGUCCUCAGCGACGUAAAGUUCUCUGUCAGUGUGUGGAAAUAGCUGUCUAAGUAUCACUUACAUCAAAUGAUACUGGGUAAUUUUCAACCAAGAAAAUGGAGAGCGAUCUUGCGAGCAAGCUGUGGUCUGCUGUACGGAAGGGCGAUACCCAAGCUGCCAGGGAGUGCAUCGAUUCGGGAGCAGAUGUUGCAGUUAGAGACACUCUUCUCUACUACGUCUCAGCGAAUGGCAACUUUCGGAUGGCCAAGGUCCUUCUGGAUGCCGGAGCUGACCCCAACGGUUUUCUACAAAAGAAGACAUAUACAAUCAGGAAAGAUCCAGCGUUGAGAAGAUCCCAAAGAAGCGGCCAGGAAGCAGCGAAUACACCGCUCAACUACGCGUGUUUAGGUGGACAUAUUAAAGUAGUGAAUUUGUUGUUGGAAAAGCAUGCUAACCCUAAUCUUUCCAAUGACUCCGGCCAAACACCUUUACAUUGUGCUUCUUUUAAAGGAUUUACGGAAAUAGUUCAAAAGCUCAUCGAAGCUGGAGCAGACGUAAACGCAGUUAAUGCAUAUGGUUAUACAGCACUACACAUCGCUGUCAGAGGAGGACACACCUCAGUGGUGGAAAAACUUGCAAGAUCCGGGGCAGACUUGCAUAUCCGCGCAAAUAACGGGAACACUGUUCUUCAUGCAGCCUCUUUAUACGGAAGGUUGGACUCCGCCCAGAUUCUGGUAGGGAUUCAGCCUAACCUUAUCGCCGUCGAAAACAACUUGGGGCUUUUGGCAGAAGACACAGCUCACACCCGAGGGCAUGCACGGACAGCCUGGUGGCUCCAGAAGCAAACGAAGGCAGAAACCAGUCAUGGAACUUUUAACCGCAGAACGGAAUUCUGCAAAGAGACUAUCAACAUGGGUGUCGAAAUCAGCUUGGAAACAAAGAGCACCGACCAGGGGAAGAACGCAAGCAGACUGGCAAGCAACAUUGACUCCGGUCUGUUCGAGAUCCAUUCCCAAGACCGGCAAGGGCGGACGCUCCUUCACGCGGCGGCCGAGCAGAACGACCUCGCCAACAUCAAGAUCCUUUUGGAGCGAGGCGCUCUGCCCACAGCUCUCACCUUCAGCAGCAAGACUCCCGCUGACCUUGCCCGUGAGAAAGGUCACUUACAGGCCUACAAUAUUAUCAACAGCAAGGAGAUUUAUGAAACCAAAGAAAGUCCCGAAGAGCUGUUUGUAGCUCUGCUCAGACUGAUCACGGAGACCACAUACUACAAUGCCGACGCAGCAACGACGCCCCAUGACCUCGAGUCCACGGACGCCAGCACCAAGGGUCAGAACCCGUCGCUGUCGGCCGUGAGGAAGGCGUCGUCGCUUCUGGUCUCGGGUGCCCCCCUGGAGCCUCCUGGGUCCCACACCUGCUACCCGCUCCACCUCGCCAUCACCGCCAACUGCACUCCCCUCCUACCUCUUCUUCUGGCCGCCGGGGCGCCGCUCACGGCCACCAGGGAUGGGCUUGGCCCGGUGCAGCUCGCGUGGCUCACUCCCGACAUCACCACCUGGGUCGCCGUGCUGGUUACCAGGGCUGUCAGAGACCGGAUUGCGGUGGAGAUGCAGCCCCUGGAUGGCGCCCUUCAAGCCGCUGCACGGGCGCUGCUGGAGGCUUUGGACGGAGACAGGCCGUGGGAGGCCGCGCUCGAGCUUCCCGCCGGCUCCUCGGACUCUGUGGACGCGCUGCUCUUCCGCGCAGCCAAGGGCGGAGCCGCUACACUGGCUUGGUGGAUCUGGAACAGCGGCGGCUCCGCGGUGUCCCGGCACACUAAGGGAGCCACGCCCCUGCACGCUGCCCUGGACGAAGGGCAUCUCGACGCGGCCAGAGCCCUCGCCCUCCACAUGGGGGGGAACCUCUUCCUCCCCGACGACAGCGGACGACUGCCGAUCAGCCUGAUGUCGUCCCACGCAGACAGGAUCAUCGAGGAGUCGUUGGCCCGUGAAUACACUAUACUGGAGCAAGAAAAGGAAAAGGCUAAGAGUUCCGCCAGUCGACGAGAAGUACUCGAAGUGACGUUCCUCUUCUUGGUUCUGUGCCUGGAGUUCGACCCGCAGGUGAAUUCUUCCGACUACCCUGACGAGCGCUGGAGGACUGUCCUCUCCUGGGUACUCUCGCUUCACUCUCUCGACACCGAGAGAUACAAAGACAAAGCGGCGUGGAUAAUAAAGAUGAUUGACACGUUUAGGGAAAUAUGGCGAGAGCUGCACUCGUAUCAUGAGGAGAAUAAUCCUAGUUGUUACAAAUACCAUCUGGACUUAGUUGGAAAGUUGUAUUCCAGGUUCUUGACUCACCGUGAUGAAAUUAGUAAGCUCUUUGGUGAAACUGAUAAUAGAAAGCAAGAAGAUUAUAUUUGUGAACUACUGAAUAGAGCCAUUAUCAAGUCAUCUGAGAAAAACAUGCCUCUGUUCUUACACCUGCUGUCAUGCGUGGCUGGCGUCAAAUUUAGUGAGAGGAUUGACGCAGUGUGUGGAGGAUUCCCGCUUCACUGCGCAGCCCUUCACAAUAACAUGUCUGCAGCCAGGUACAUUCGGAGCAAAGGAGCCUCACCUAGAGUACAGGACCGCUUCGGCAACACACCCGCCCACUACGCGUACAUGUUCGGGCACCAGGAGGUUGGGGACUUCUUAAAAACUGACUUGGUUAACUACAAUGGGCUUCCUGCUGAACAUAUGCUUGAAGGAUACAACCAGUACCUGAAACUGUAUAAACUAAACUCAAAUGACCUACAGAAAAGGAAAAUGGAAAGAGAUAACACUGCCUCUCAAAUUAUACAAGAACAUUUACAAAAUCUAAAAAGAAAUUGGAUGGAAUGUAGCAUAGAUCAAGCUGUCAAAGAAUGCCAUGUAGAUUUUACAAGUGGCGAAGCUCAUGAAAUUCAAACAGCUGUUACAGACUUUAUAGGACAAGUGACACUUUCAAUUGGAGAAGCAAAUUCAUUAUACAAAGGUAAUUUGCACAUGUUGGGAAGUUCUGGAGACAAUGUUAGAUUGUUUUGCCCAGAUGAGUUUGACUUUAAUAUCAUCAUGCAGAGUAUGGAACCACCUUUCCCUGUCAAUUGGAAUGGAGAAUUAAGAGAUAUACCAGAAAACAGUGAAGUUUUCAGUGCUCUUGAAGACUUCUAUUACAUUUUGAGCCGAUGUCUUGUAAAGUGUAAGCCAAAAAAUAGGAGAUUAGCCAUUGUUCUGCCGGGAGUGAAGAAGACUCAGGUGGGAGUAGCGCUCAGCCUCGUCUGGACAGGUAAGGUGUUCCCUCUCCUCCUGGUGGAUGUUGAUGUUGUGGCCACUGUUAGGGCCAGUUGGCCACCGGCACUCAGGAGGCCAAAGCUCAUGCCCUCCACCUUUGACUCUGUGUAUUUGAAUAGCAUUGGCAACAAUGAAUGGAGGUUCUCUUUCGCACUGGCAGAAAAUGCAGUCAUGAAAACUCUGACAGCUGACAAGCGCAGGGUAUUUCUGGCCUGCAAGCUGGUGCUGAGUGCUCUGAAAGUGGAGAAGUGGGCACCGAGACACAUCCAUAACCAAUUCAAAUAUUUCCAUGGAAGAUUCUUCAAGAUUCCCUCGCCAAAGGGUUUCCUUCUGAAGAAUACCUUCUUCCUGGAGCUGGAGGAGGUGACAGACGAGGAGCAGUGGACGGAGGAGCAUUUAGUGGAGAGGAUGACCUCGAUAUUCCGGAGGAUGUGUGAGGAAUACACUGAUCCCGCCUCGCAAGUGACUAGCUGGGAACCGGCAGCGGUAAAGGCGUACUUCGCUGGCCCGACGCAGAGUCCAUGUGUUGGGUUCGGAGCGCCGGAAAUUGUCAAGUUCCUGAAGUCACUCGACUCAACUAAAACAUCAAAAGAAUUACGAAAAUCAAAGCUCAAUAGAUAGAUUGAUGUAUUAUAUAUGCAAUAUAUAUAAUUUCAUAGCAGCAGGAAGAAACACUCAUGAACAUACUUAAGAGAAAUAUUAGAUAGAACAAAUAUAUCUACACUAAUAUUUUUUUCAAUGUAAUUCUAAACCUAAUACAUUUUCAUACUAAGUACAGGACUGCUUAAGCCGUAGUAACAGUGGUAUAUCUAUAUCACAUCGCUGCGGUAAUAAGUACUUCCAGCUGCAUAAAGCGACAUUGAUCUGACACUGAACACUGGACAACUUUUUUGUUCUUUAAACAGCAAUCAGUUGCUGUCGAAUCUGACAUUUUCUUUAAGAUAAGCUUGAGUAUUAAGGGAACUCCCAGAAGAGGAGACUGUGAUAGUAAGUUUUAAUGGACAUGUGGGAAAGAGAGAUAGUUAUGAGGAGGAGCGUGGAGGCCAAGGGUGUGGUGCGAGGAAUGGAGAAGGAAACAAGAUACUAUAAAUGCUAUAAAUGGCACAAAGUCUGGAAUUGUUCCUUCAUAAUAUUGGAUAUAGACAGCUGAAUGAGCAGGGGUGAAAAAAAACUAAAAGCCAAAUUGGUUACAUGCUGGGGAGGAAGAGGGAAAAGAAAAGAGUAAUGAAGUUUAAGUUUAUGCCGGGAGAAGAGUGUUAAACAAUAUAAGUCUGGAGCCUAAAAGGAGAAAAAAAAAAAAAUAAUAAGGAGCAGAGAAGGAAGUGCAAAUAUCUUGUGUCUGGACAAUGAAUUUCUAUUACAUUCAGAACCCGUGUCGUGAUUGGCUCAGAAAUUGUGAUGUCACUAAUGUUGUUUUCUUUGAAAGUUUAUUUUUGCAAGCAUUUAGUAAUCCCAUUUGGCAACUAUUUUGGGGGGUUUCGUUGUCUACAGACUCGCCAAAAUACUAUUGCAUUGCAUUUGUGAGUGGGACAUCAUCAAUAUUAAUGCCAAGAACUGCUAUAAAAAUAUUUGUUUUCAUGUAUAUUAUGGUUAUAUUGAAUUACAGUAAACUCGAAAUCUGCGCUGUCAUUUUCUAUCAACAAGCGUUCCAUGCCAAUAGCAAAAUGUUUCACUACAUAAGCUAUUUAUAAAUUUUGCCUCUGUUUUAUAUUUUUGUUGUGCUAUUGACUGUAUGGGUCACAAUUCAAAGAAAUUUUGUUUAUAUGUGAUGGAUUGUAUUCAAGGCAAAAAACUUUAACAAUAUAUUGUGUAUAUCUGUAAUCUAUUUCAUAUAAACAAUUAUCCUGUCAUUACUGGCAUCUAUCAUCUAACGACGUCAUACCUUAACGGUCAAACAUCAGAAGACUGGGAAGGAAGGUAUUUGUCUUAAGAGACGAUAAGAAUCGUAUGUUUAUAAUUACCUCCGCCAAGGAGGUUAUGUUUUUGACGGCGUUGAUUUGUUUGUUAGCAGCGUAGCUCAAAAAGUGCUGGCCGGAUUUCAUCGAGAUUUUGGGGAUAAGUCAGAAAGGGACUAACUUAGAACUGAUUAAAUUUUGGUGACACUCCGAAUUACCGUCUGGACGCAGCCAAAGUAUAUAUAUUAUAUACGCACCUUGGCGGAGGUCUGCACUCUCUGAGUGCUUUUCUAGUUAUUGUUGUAUUACGGUUUAUUUCAAAUAUAUUAUGGAGUUAU